UGGAAUGUUUUGAAUAAUAUAUUAAGUCAAGAGCCCCAAGCUUCAUUAAUCACAUUUACAAAUACGAAACUCUUCUGCAAAAUUACUAGUUAUGGAAGAAUCGAAGAGGAUUGAAAUAAAAUCAGAACCAUCGGAGGAUUCCUCUAAGCGUAGAGAAGGAAAGAAAUACAUUAAAACAAGUGAAAACCGAAAAAGCACGACAUUUGAGAAAAUUGCAAUAUGCUUAUCUUGUAUCGUCGCUAUCAUUACCUUUCCCCUGAGCAUAUUUUUUUGCUAUGCUACGAUCGCCGAAUACCAACGAGCAAUUUUCUUUCGUUUGGGACGGGUCAGGAAAAGCCCCGCGGGCCCGGGGCUUAUCUGGUAUUUGCCUUGCAUCGAUUCUUACGGAAUUGUCGACUUGCGUACCAGAGUGGAGGUGAUUCCCACUCAGGAAAUGCUCACCAAAGACUCGGUCACAAUUAGUGUCGAUGCAGUACUCUUCUACUAUAUCACCGGAUCAUUGCAUGCGACAAUACAGAUCUCUAAUGUGCAUGAAUCAACUCUCUUCAUAGCCCAGACAACGCUGCGUAAUGUCGUGGGCGGGAAAACGCUUCACGAACUCCUGACCUCCAGGGAAGUGUUGUCCGAAGAAAUAAGUAUUGCUGUGGACCGAGCAACUGAGAAGUGGGGUGUGAGAAUCGAUCGAGUUGCACUGAAGGACAUUAAUCUGCCGGAAAUACUUCAUCGAACCAUGGCUAGCGAGGCGGAGGCUUUGAGGGAAGCUCGUGCCAAGAUCAUCUCCGCGGAAGGAGAGGUUUUGGCUUCGCAAGCAUUGAAGGAGGCAUCCGACGUGAUGGCUAAAAAUAAUAUCACUCUACAGCUGCGGCAUUUGCAGAUCUUGACAUCGAUUGCCCAUGAACGCAUGGUCACGAUUUUUUAUCCUUUCCCAUUGGAGAUAUUGUCGCCAUUUGAGAAUCGUAAGAAAGGCGGAGCUCUAGCCGCAGGGUCGCUUAUGCCGAUCAUUAAGCCCCGAGCCGAAGAAAUAUCCCAGUCGACAGUAUUUGAGAAAAAUUACAACGAAGAGGAGUAAAACUUCUCAACAGUAAA